AUCGACUCGUCUGGAUAUCGCAUUCGUGCAAAAGCAGCGGAUAGUCAGGGCGAUGAGCAAGGCGAUGAAACGACCUUCGAAUGGAAGCACGACUUCUCGCAGUGUCAACCGUUCAAAUUCAAAUGUCCGCAUGCAGAAUGCCGCAAGGAAAUUGAGAUUACGAAAGCAAUUGAAGGAGAGAUCCAUCCAUAUUCUUUGUCGAUCUAAAACGAGAGCGAUUUUUGUCAAGAUCAAAUGCAAUUCUUGA